CAACCUGAAUGUCAAUUCACAAAGGAGACAGCAUGAUUGAAUGUAGUACUUUCCCCUCAUUAUAUUAUGUGCAAUCAUAAAUGGCUCAUUACAGAGUAUUUUGGUUUUCAGUUAGCAAGUUUUGGUGAACCAUUAUUGUCCCCUCCCUCCUGAUUCUUUAUUGUUCUUCCCACAUGGUCCCUUCUGCCCUCUUAAAUCUCACUUCGAUCUCCAUUUCUUAUUACACAAUUCUCCCUUCAAACCACAACACAAUGAGGGCCCGAAACCUCGAUCUGCUCAAUCUAUGGGCUCUCGCAUUGGCUCUCCUUAUUCGGGCCGGAUCUUUCGGGCUCAACACCGACGGCGUCCUCCUUCUCUCCUUCAAAUACAGCAUCACCGCCGAUCCAUUCCGCGCUCUGCAAGGCUGGACCGCCGAUGACGAGACUCCGUGCUCGUGGAACGGCGUCUCCUGCGGCUCUCCGGGCUCCGGGGAGCCCUAUUUCCGGGUCACGGGCCUCUCCCUCCCGGAUUCAGGCCUCCGCGGCUCCCUCCCCGCCACAAUUGGCAUGAUCCAACACCUCCAAAAUCUCAAUCUCUCCAACAAUUCCAUCAAUGGAUCCAUCCCUUCCACUCUCUUCUCCGCCGCCGACCUUCAGUUCUUCGAUUUGUCCAACAAUCUUCUCUCCGGCUCCCUCCCGGAGCUCGUCGGGAAGCUUCAGAAUCUCCGGCUUCUGAACCUUUCCGACAACGCUCUCGUAGGGAACCUGCCGUUAAAUCUGACGGCGCCUCCGAAUUUAACAGCUAUUUCUCUGAAGAAUAACUACUUCUUCGGCCCGAUUCCGGCGAAAUUCGAUUCAAUUCAAGUGUUAGAUCUGUCUUCCAACUUGAUCAACGGAACUCUACCGCCAGAUUUCGGCGGCAGCCAUAUUUCCUACUUCAACGCUUCCUACAACAGACUCUCCGGCGAAAUCCCGCAGCAAUUCGCCUCCCUAAUUCCGGCCAAUGCGACGGUGGAUCUCUCUCACAACAACUUAUCCGGUCCGAUUCCGGCGUCUGAUCUCUUCUUCCACCAAGCCACAGAUUCACUCUCCGGCAACCCUAACUUAUGCGGCCAGCCACUGCAAAACACGUGUCUCGCUCCGUCUACGUCUCCGCCUCCCGCCGGAGAGGGAGUUCCGCCUUCCAAUUCUCCUCCGGCGAUCGCAGCCAUUCCGAAAACAAUAGCAUCCAAUCCAUCAACCGGAGACCCCUCUCACGAGGAUCGUUCCGGUCUCACGACCAGAACGAUCCUCGCGAUAGUCAUCGGAGACGUCGCCGGAAUCGCAAUCCUCGCAAUAAUCUUCCUCUACAUCUUCAAAAGAAAAAAAAUUGCCAAACACACAACCAAACCAGAAGAACAGACCGCGAAUGAGUUCGACUGGGCGUCAUCGGAGUCCACCUCAGCAAACACAACACU